AUGGCGAAUGGUGGAAUAAAAGAGCAAGUUCUCUACGUUUGUGAGCUGGUGAAAGAGAAUCAGUUGAAUGAAGCAGUUGGUGCUUUACAAUCUGUUAAUACUGACGAUAUUUUAUGUUCAUCAGAUCUCAUCUCAUUGUUAAUUUCGAUCGAACAAACAGCAUUUAAUCUUUUACAAGAUUGUCUGAACAAUGUCGACAAGAAUACUCAAAGCCGUUUAAAAUAUAUUGAACAAGUCGGAUUGUUCAAUCAAUCUGUUGCUACUAAAAAUACAAAUGAUAAGCAACAAAUAAAUGUUCAAAUACAAGUUUUAUUAAAUGUUGAUAUUCUUCAAAAUCUCGUCACAAUUAUCGAUACACUUCGUACUGACGAUCAUUUUCAUCGACAUGAUUUUGUAAUCUGUCUCUGCAUCUGGCUUGAAGCAAUCGCUCAUUUUAUUCAUCGUCAUGACAAUUUAGUUAAAGAAUUAAUUGAGCCACUUCGUCAAAGUGUAUUAUCAUGUGUUCUUUCCGAUUGGUACCAAAAAUAUUUGACACCGUCAAUAGAAACAAAUAUUCCUGCUCGUCACUUUUUUAUUCGCACGUGCUCCUUUGUUACGGGUGUUUUACAGUGUAAUCAAUUAUCUUUUGAAAAUGCUUUAAAGACUAUUCAAUCAUAUAAAAUCGUGGAAUCUAUUGGACAGAAAAUAUUUGAUGUUCGUUUAGCUGAUUUUCAUCAUUAUCUUUUUCAAUUGAAAGAUAUAGAAAACGAUAGAAAAUGUCUUACUGGAAUCUGUUUUCUUAUGACCAAUUGUUACAAUGUAAAAGCAUUUAUUAACAAUGAUGAAUAUUUCAAUCUUCUUCUUCAGUUGUUAAAAUCUGAUUUUGUACGAAAAAAUCUUUUUUCUACUUGGACAAAUGAAAGCACAAUUCUUGCCGAUACUUUGAUGGUACAAUUGAAGAAUUGCAGCAAUGAACCAUCUAUACGAUUAUAUUUACAACAGAAUAAUGCAGCAGACGCAAUUCAUAAUUAUAUGCAUGCUGAUUAUGAUCGACUUCGUUUACAAGCGUGUAUGUUGCUUGGAGUAUUACUUGAUGAUGAAACAAUGCGACAAUUAAAGAUUCCAGGUGAUGAAUUAACCGACUUAUAUUUUGAUGCCAUUCGACAGGCACAUCAAUCAUCGAACAAAUGCUACAAACGAGUGCCGAUACACUUACUUUUUCGAGCAUUAUCAUCGUUAGUUCAUAAUCAGAUAAUUCAAGCAAGUGUAGCAACAUCAACCAAUUAUUUUGAUUAUCUUAUUUCAAUGAGUGAUGAUUAUAAUCUGGUUUAUGACAUCUUUUGGACACUGUCAUUUAAUACAAGCUUACACGAAAAAUUUCAUUCUCAUAAAACUUUUUUGCAGCGACUCCAAACAUUUGUCAAUGAUCCAGAAUCGGUUUUGGAUAAAGAUAUAGUACGAUCAGCAGAAGGUAUUUUGUGGAAUUUGAAUCACAGAAAUGAAAAGAACACAUCACCUGAACAAUCGACGAAUGUUGAAAAUAAAAACACUCAAUUAGACAAGUAUUAA